GAGAACUGCCUGGCUGGUGUGAGGAGCAGCCGGGACCACAGAGGUGGUGGAGAGAUGGCCCUCAGCAGUAUCCAGCCUUCCUUCGUGACCCCAUCACUUGCCAUUGAAGGGGGUCUCCAGUAUGGAUAUGUGAUCACUAUCCAAGGAACUGUUCUUAACUCCAAUGGAACCAGGUUUGCUGUGGACUUUAAAAUUGGCUCCAGUGACUCUGAGAUUGCCUUCCACUUCAACCCUCGGUUUGAGAACGGCGGGUAUGUGGUCUGUAACACCAAGCAGAAAGGGUGGUGGGGAACGGAGGAGAGGACGAUGAUGAAUCCCUUCCACAUGGGGAAGCCCUUUGAGAUCCGCAUCCUGGUGGAGAGCGCCAUGUUCCAGAGAAGCAGCAUGGCCAAGCUGGCACACCCUUGUGGAGGGUUUAAGUCCAGGCUGCUGUACCCAACAGUCUCCAAGUCUAUAUAA